AUGGAGGGCGCUGGCCUGGCUGGUGAUGCUGCCAUACCCAUGGCUGCCGAUCCCGCAACUCCCAUCGUAGACGUUGGUGCAACCACCAUUGCAGAGAGCAGCAAUGCUGUGGCUGCAAAGGGCAGCCAAGUUGCUGAUGACAAAGUUAUGGAGGGGGCAGCGCCCAGACGUGUUGAGAUCUCAGAGGAGCAAAGAGAGAAAAUUGUCUCACUUGCAAAGGAAGCUGAAGAGAAAGGUCUGGCAGGAAGUUCGGAUCUGUGGCCUUAUGUCCAAACCAUGUUGCUCAUUGAGAUUUGGGGGCAGAUUUUCGUUGCCCACAACCAUGUAAACCUGAAGGCCCGCCACUGGAAAGCAGUGUUGGAGGAGUUGAACAAGCAAGUGCAGCUGAGCAUCCCUGGUGCCAAGAUCUACAGUUUGCAGCAAGCGCAAGACAGGAUCGAGCUGCUCAAGAGAAACCACAAGAAGGAGGCGGAGAAGAAGACGGCGACGGGCGGCGUUGCAUCCAAAUGGGCUUUCUUCCACGCGAUGAAUGACAUCUUGGGAACGAGCAGCAAAGUGACCGGGGUUCCUGGUGCUUUCACGGGUCAGAGGGCUGUUCCAGUGGAGGCGGCAAAAGGCAGCCUCACUGGGGAGGCACAAGGCAAAGAAGGCACCAUCGAUCUCGAGUCCAGCGCAAAGCAGACCAUAGAUCUGGAGGUUGAGACCCAAGAUCUGCAAGGAACCAACGCAAAACCGCCAGCGAAGCGCCGACGCAGUGAGGACCAGCCUGCGCAGGUAGCCGAAGAAGGUGGCACUCCUGGAGCAGAUCUGCCAGCGAGCGCGAAAAGAGCUGCCAGUUUGAGCACCGGCAAGAAGAGCAAGGAGACUGAGAUGGGGGGCGACGUGCAGGAGGGGGAAAGUGCAGGCCCUGUGAAAAAGGAGCGAGGAGGGGAUGAGGACAAGCAGUCCCGCAAAGUUUCAAAGAGCGGCGUCAAGGGCCAGUUCACAAGGGCGUCCGGCAACCGAGCGGGGGCAAGCCCCGGCACUGCUGCAGCGAAGGCUUUGAUGGGGGGGCUGAAGGAGUGUGUCACUGCUGCGGAGAUGGGCUGCGUCGUGGACUCCGCCAGGCGCAAUGCAGCAGACGUCCCAGAAGAGGUUGUCCACAGUGCACACACCUUGGAGGAGCAGUGA